UGCAUAGUGGGUUAGAAUCUUCAAACAUCACUUGCUAAUUGUUUCUUAAACAUGGCCAGCUAAAGUGACAAAAAGUCUCCUCCUACCACCCCCCCAACCCUAGAUAAAAGCCUUCAGAAGACUUGAUCAAAUAUGUAUCACUCAAGUUUCUCCAACAAAUGAGUGGGAGAACUUUUGUCUUGAUUUUGUUCUUCUGGGCACUACUCACCAUUGUCACCCCUAUGCUUGUCCGCUUGUCCGCUUCUGCCAAACCCCACGUUGAAUUCAAGGCCAAGGGGGAAACACGAGAGGAGAUGUACACUAGGAGGUUUUUGGAGAUGUUGCCUAGAAGAGCACUUGUUCCUACAAUGCUGCACAAGGCUCCAUUGGCACCAGAGCCACCAGCUUCCGCACCAGCACCAGAACCAGAACCAGAACCAGAACCAUCAUUAGUAGUCAAUGGCCUAGAACAUUUUGUAGAUGGGGAUAAAUUGAUACCCCAUAAAGCACAUGAGCUGCUGCUCAGAUGAAUUUGGUCCGGAUUAUUGAGCAAACCAUCAUGAGACAAGUGUUCAUUUUUAUUGAAAAGGUGGUUGGGCACGAUUGUAAAUAGAAUGUUGGUAGG